AUCAAAGACUUUCAUUUCUUGUAGAUGGGAGAAUUUAGAACAAAUCUUUCAAAGUCUUAAUUUCCUUAUGUUAUAGAGAGAUAAAGAGAGAGAAAUAGAUUAUUAUCUUCAACUACAAAUUCCUUCUCUUAGUUCUUCAUAAACGUAUGUUGGGUUGUUGGGUUGAGGUAUUGAAGAAGAAGAAGAAGAAUAGAUCAAGAGGAUCAUCUAGAUUAGUUAAUCAUCAAAUUGAAAAUGGAUUCUAUCUGCAACCAACAAAACAACCAUGGGAUCAUGGUUGAAGGUCAAGAAGGUGAUGAUCUUGAUUCCAUUUCUUCUUCUUCUUCAGAUCUUUCAAGCAACUCUAUCUCUUCAUCAGAGGAAUUCAUGGAUGAUGCAACAACCUCGACGUCGUCGGCUUCAUCUUCUUCGCCGGAUCAACUCUCUUGUAAUGGUCCUUUGUAUGAGAUGUCUUCUCUCAUGCAACAACUCCCUUUCAAGAAAGGACUAUCAAAGUAUUUCCAGGGAAAAUCACAGUCAUUCACAUCGUUAACAAAUGUGAGGAGCUUAGAGGAUCUUGCCAAGCCAGAGAACCCAUACAAAAACAAGAAGCUCAAGUCCUGCAGGAGCUAUGGGGGAUUAUCAGAGAGCCAGAAACCUUGGCUUCCCAGAACCAAUUCUAAGAUCAUCUCAAAGAAGACUUCAAGGGGUUCUUAUUAUACAGCUAAUAUGAGGAGGAGCAACAGCUUCUUGGGCAACAGCCGGCCACCAGUCCGUCCACAUAGAACUAAUAGUUUGAUCGCUUGAAUUAAGACUUAAAAAAAUGAUAUUAGUUGUAUAUCUGUAUAGUUUUUUUUUUUUUUUUUUUUUUAAUUUUAUUUUAAUCUAAAGCCAUGUACAAAGAGGGGGUUUUUUCCUUUUUCCUUUUUAAAGGGGAUGUUGAGUCAUGAGAGUUUCUUAUAUAUAUGGAGGCAUUUUAUCUCAUUUGUGUUAAUAUUAUUAUACGGAGGAUUAGAUAAUGAUGAAUGUGAUGUAUAUAUA